UGACUGACUGCUCUUUCUUUUCUUUACUUGAAAUAAAUCUCACAGUUCUCUUUUCCCGUGAUGUUUCACUAACCACAUCCUGGUUGUGGUUUCCGCUGGUAUACUGGCAACUGCUGUUUUCGCAAGUGAACACACCUAUGUUGCCCUUUAGUAGAGAGUAUUCUUUCUUUCUCAUUACACCAGCCAUAUACACUAGACGAUCAAUAAUUCCAAACAGUCAUGGUAAGUUACUGUCCAAUCUGUGGAAAGCCUGUCUAUUUUGGUGAGAAGAAGAGGUCUUUAGGAAGAGAUUAUCAUCCACUCUGUCUGAAAUGUCAAAAAUGUAAAAGACAGCUCACAGCUGGAAAACACGCUGAGUAUGAUGAGAAGCCGUAUUGUUCCUACUGCUACAUGAAGAUGUUUGGUCCAAGAGGUACCAGGUGAGGAGCAGAAAUAGUCUGGACUCGACUGGACAGAGGGAAGUGAUUUCCCAAGAUUGACUGACAAGGAGAGGAAAUAAAAUAAGAAUGAUGUACGGAACUAUAUCAAUAUAUUGAAGUUUAAAGCUGAAAAAGAUCUGUUAUUUAUUCAGACACUAUUAAAAAAUGUGUUUUUUUUUUAGAUAUUCAAAACGCCAAAACUGUGUUUAAAGCUCCAUCAAAAAUAAAUCCAGAGAGUUACAUUUUUCUCAACUACAGAACAACUACUUCUAAACACAGUGCUACCCUUGGAAAUGAGGUGAACAGUGCUAAUGGAUUACCCCUUUCAUCUGGCAACCAUAGAUAUGGAUAAGGAUGGAUGAGACUGGUUAUUGCUGGCACACCUUAUACUAAAAGUUUCUGAAGGGCACUAUAACUUAAUAUGAUGAGCUUCUCUGCAGUAUUAUGUUCCGAACAACUGAUACUUACCUGGUCUGCCCUUAUAACAAAUACAAAAACAACAUACAGUAUCUAAGUGAGUAAUGAGAAAUCCGUAAUGGAUAAAGCAAGAGCUGGAGUCGAAUGAAUGAUGCUUUUGUGUCUAGAAUGCCUUUGAACGUGACUGUCUCCCUCUCAUCCCCCAAGAUCCCUCUCUCAUCAUCCCUUUUGCUCAAUCCCAAACACUCCUUCCCUCCUCUUCUCCCUCCUCUCCUUGAAUCUCCUUCACCCCCUAACCCCCUACCUUGAUAGAUCACAUGACUGCUGUGAAACCAGCUGGUUGACUGCUCAUUUGCAUGUGUUUCAAAUAUACUGCCAUAUUACAGAAAGGGGUGGUGAUGAAGGGACAGAGAAUUAUAUACUUGGAGAGGAGCAAAGGGUUAGUGGGGAACUGAGGUGAGUGUAGGAUCACGAUUGAGGCCUCAGCUCAGAUUUCAAAGCCCAGGUCGAGAUCCCGUGAAUGUAAAAUGAUAUCAUCCGGGGCAAGGAGAAAAUAAAAUAGAGCAAUGUAAA